CGACCAGCCUGAUUUAUGUCCGUGGAUAAAGACAUGCUGCAGCAUUUUGAGCUUGUAAUUAUACGACAACAUCCAGCUCUAGUCGAAGUCAAUUUAUAGUCCCUAUCUCCGUGUCCGUUGGUUCUGCUGCUUCUCUCGGUCGACAAUGUCGACCUCUCCGUCCGUCACAGCCGAGACCCCCACCUUGACUAGCAGUGGUGGCAAGGCUCCUGAUGCGGUUGCAAAGCCACCUACAAAGCCAAGCAGGCAACGCUUUAAGGCUCAGUUGUCUUGUACCCUGUGUAGAACUCGCAAGUGAGUAGCGUUUUGUUAUUCAGUUUGCCAUCAAGGGUCGAUUUUUCAGAGCUUGUUGGCAACCGUGAGUUACAAUCCGAAUCAACGGUUACGCUAUCUCCGUGUCUAAAUACCUACAGCAACAAACAACUCAUCUUUUGCCUCCCAAUACGCUAUGAACUUGGACGCGAAAUCGGGCUAACCAUCCACAGACUCAAAUGCGAUCGGAACUCUCCCUGUCAAAAUUGUAUCAAGGUUCGAUUUGGAUUCUAGUCUUCCAAUAACCAGGCUGCUGACCACUACCCAUAGAGGGACUUAUCAUCCUCAUGUACAUUCAUACAUGCUGGACUUCGUCGUGAAAAAGCAGCAGCUUUACAGAAGUCCGGCAAUGUCGGCCGCAAAGAUGUUCGAAGCCAGAUAUCACAUCUUGAGCAACUUGUUGUCUCGUUAAUGAAAAAGAGUGGGGGUAUUGAUCAAAAUAGACUUGGAAUCUCACCCGGUCCUUCAAGUGAUGGCCCUCGAGCUUCAGAUUUCAGCUCGAGUACAGGGGAUGACCAAUGGACUGAGAUCACUGGCUUGUCGAAUACAACGGAAUCUUUCGGAAUGAUAAAUAUUGAUGAUGAUCAACCCAACUACGUCGGAAGCUCUCACUGGGCAGCAAUCCUUGAUAAUGUAAGAUCCACAUGCCAUAUUCAUACUCGCCUAUAUAUACCACCUCUAUAAUGAGUUUGAACUGACUGUCCCCAAACAGAUUGCCUGUCUUAGGGAUUCAAUCGAGAACACUGACCCCCCAAAACAAGACCGAGUGAAAAAGAUGGAAACUUCGAAAAUAACUGGACCAGAACUAUUCAAUGGCUCAUUGAAGAGCGCAACAAGAACAGAAAUUCUCUCAGCCCUGCCAGGCAGAAAGCAGGUCAAUUUCCUUCUUGAUAAAUAUUUCGGACAUCCUGAUAUUACAAGUGAGUUUGGAAUCAUGAGCUGCCCUAGAAUACAAUACUUAACGCAAGCGAUAUAGGUCUCGUCCAUGAACAUAAGUUCCGCAAUGAUGUAUGUAGUUCCGGUGUGUGGAAACUUUGAGACGCAAUGUAAUGCUAGAUCUAGUGCGAUAAAUUUUGGAAAGACCCUUCCCAAACGCCGAUAACAUGGAUUGGCAUGUUGUUUGCAAUUCUAAGUCAGUCUAUGAAAUUUGAAUUAAUGGCAGGCAGAAGUCCGUUCAACGGCAACGCGGACGAAAUUGCAGCUCAAGACCCUGCUGAGAUAAUCGAAAUGUAUCGCCAGAAGACAGUACAAUGCCUUUUUCUAGGCAAAUACCUCGAACCUGGCCCCUACAUAAUCGAAACACUGUUAUUGUACUAUGUAAGUUAGAUACGGAUCUUCAUCGAGAAACUGCAAACAUGUCAGCUUAUGUAGAAUAGGUCUGUGAGCAUUUUCGAACGCCAGAUGCGCAGUUUGGUUCUUGGGCGCUGUUUGGCUUCAUUAUUCGGGCGGCUCUUCGUCUUGGUCUUCAUCGAGAUGCUUCCCAUUAUCCUAAAAUAUCUGUCUUUCAAGGUGAAAUGAACCGCAGAAUCUGGCAUACUAUCGUUCAUCUUGAUCUUCUGACAUCCUGUUCAAUGGUAAGCAUUUCUGGAGACAUGCACUUAUCAACACAGUCUUUUUUCCUUUUUGAAUCCUUGUUGAUUUCUACGUUGUCAAGAAUGACAUUGCUAAUACCGAAAUUCCACAGGGCUUACCGAGAAUGAUUAGGGAGGGAAUGCAUGAUGCACAAUGUCCCCGGUAAGUAAUUACGACCCCUGAAGAUAUGCAUUGCAUCAUAAUUCUUGAGCUAAUAAGUUUCUGCAGCAAUCUUGCAGACGGUCAGUGCUGACAUCUUUGUUUGAUGUUUUCUUGCAGAAUAUUGUGAAGAGAAGAUAUUGUCAAAGUUAUAUCGGUCCCUGAGGCUUCCAUUGCUUCUAUUCACCAAAAGAAGGAGCCAUGAUUUACUGAUUUUGAGAUUUUGUAGAGGACUUUAAUGAGAAUUCACAGGUUUUGCCUCGCUCGAGGCCUGCUGAAGAAUUAACACCAAUUGGUUGCUUUAACGCCAAACACCAGAUUACAGAAGUUUUCGGCACGAUACUCGAUCAAGCAAACUCAACGAAUCUAAUUUCGUAUGAAGAGGUGAUGAGUUGUAAGCGAAUUUUUCAUGGUCACAAUGAUCGAGUUCAUUCCCAAGAUCAGUCCAAAACGAUUGGUGCCUUUGUUUAUUUCAAACUCUUAGAAGAAUUUGGGAAGUUGUCUGUAUGGGAUCGUUUAGCAGCUUCCAGACGUUCUGCAAUUCCUUUUCUCUUGUUUUGUUUUUAUUAAAGUCCCGUCAUUAAGCUUGACGUGACACUUCGUCAUCUCAGCUCUUGACAGGCCAGGAAGCGUAUGCUAAUUUGUUACAGUGGACAAGUUGUUACAUGCAACAUAUGAAAUGACCCCCGAGUCAUUAAGAACUGUUACUGUUGAAGAUCUCAAAUAUGGAUCACCGGACUUGAAGACACAGAAAUUUGGAAUCGGAUUGGUGUUCCAGAAGUCAAAGUGCAUUCUUCACCGAAAAUUAUUCAUCUUGUCGAAAACAAGUCCUCCAACCUAUCCUUAUCCGUACUCGAUGAAAACAUGCAUUGAUGCUUCUAUGAAUAUCUUAACAUCCUGGAUUUUCUUGAACAGGCAAGUUAUCUCUGUUCCCCAUCUGCUUUGUUCUAGAGACAUCAAAACUCUACUUGAUCCCAAUAAGAUCUGUCUUACAUAUAACCUGAAGCCGUCGACAUACAUCAGAAAUAGCAGUGCUAAUUCCAAAAUCUCUCACAGGGAGAUGCAACCUGGAAAUGAACUUUAUGAUCAUAAAUGGAAGCUGAGCUCCUUGCUAGCUGCUGACUUUUUGCUUGCUGCAAUGCUGCUUUGUCUUUACGUCAGCCACACUAUGUUAAACCCUGAUCUGGAGCGGUCUAAUGCGCAGCUUGGGAUAAGGAUUGAAGCGAGUGAGUAUUAUUCGAAUACCCCCUUUGGAUCCUUCUGGCUUGACGCACAGUCUUUCCUACGUUAACGUUAUUUAAUCCUCGUAACUUGUGACUUUGUGUAAGCGGCGCUGAUUCAGAUAUCUUGAACAGCACGGGAAGAAAUGAUCCAGGUCCUCAAUGACUGUCACGAUAUAUGGGAAUCGACAAAGUCUACUUCAAAAGACGCGUACAAGGCAGCGUCUACCCUAAAGGCUUUAUUGAGUAAAAUGAGAGCAACACCUGCUUCUAACAUUACCACGUCAGCUCAGAGAUCACAUGCUAGUUCAGACGCUUCUACGUUCGCAUCAUCUUCACGUAAGUCACCUUGUGCCCCGCAUUUUUGAAUCACUGACAUGUGUUCCUUACAGAGAGCACGAAAGCGGCUGUUCCUUGGUUGAACAAGCAGGUUGUCCAACCAGCUACAUACUCCUGGAAUACUCCGCCAUCUUUCGAUCCUCCUAGCAAUGAAACCUCUAACAUUGCCGGCAAUACGGUUCAGCCUUCGCUUGAUUUUGGGGGCAUGGAUUUAGAUUGGGUAAGGAUAUUCCACAUGAAUAUAUCAUCUUUUUGCUAUCCUUGUCGAUACAUAAUCAGUGUUAUCUCUUACUCACGCACCACAUUUUAGGAACUGUGGGACAACCAGUUCUACAAUAACGGCGGAAGUUCGCGGACUCCACCUGACCUCUGGAAUUUUGACCCCAAUAGCGCGGGAAUACAGUUUCCAGAUCCAAAUGGCGCUGGAUUCAUGCAGUGGGGACAGCAAAUGUGAUAUCGUGCUUUGAGGUUCAUUCUUUGUUCCACGUUUUUUCUUAGGCGAGUCUUGGAAAUUGUGUAUGGGUUCGGGA